AUGAUGGUUGGAGAUGACGAGGAGAGUGAUUACGAGGAGUGUGCUUUCGCGUUCUUCUCUCUGGUGGAGAUGCCGGGAGAACCAGCAACUCUCAAUAAGGCCUUGGAGAGUAGUAAUGCUGAGGAGUGGAAGAAGGCCAUGAAGAGUGAGCUGAAGAGCAUCGAGGAGAAGGACACGUUUGAAUUGGUGGAGCUACCGGAGGGGCGUGCAGUGAUAACGUCCAAGUGGCUCUUCAAAAUCAAGUCGGAUGACGAAGGCAAGAUCGAGCGCUACAAGUCUAGGCUUCCGACGACGCUGCGAACCUUAUUCGCGGGAGCCGCCAUCAAAAGAUGGGUGGUGAGGCAGAUGGACAUCGUAACGACAUUUCUUAACGCCAUCCUUGAGGAGAAGAUUUUUAUGCCGCAGCCAGAGGGGUUUGAUGAUGGUAGUGGCAGAGUGUGGAAGCUGAAGAAGUCUCUUUAUGGGCUGAACCAGGUCCCUAGGCAAUGGUACAUGAAGCUGCGCGAAGUGUUGGAGGAGAUCGGCUUCACUCCCUCAACGGCUGAUCACUCACUAUCCAUGCUUGGCGAGGGGGAGCAAAGGAGCUUCAUGGUGGUUUAUGGACCAGAGGAGGAGAGCGUUGGUGAAGAGGAGAGGCGCCGUUUUCACUCGUUGGUGGGCAGCCUCAUGUAUGCGGCGGUAAACACCCGACCGGACGUCGCGUUCGCUACCGGACAGCUAGCUAGGGCUGUGCAAUGCCCUAAUGAGGAGCAGGUAGCAGCUGGAAUGAGGGUGGCCAAGUACCUUGGCCAAACACCGACCGUUGGGCUGCAAUACUUGGCGGCGGCGCAAAGGCGCCAAAAGGGCGCGGAUGGUGUAGAACCCGGGCGUUUGUUCCUCACCGCCUACUCGGAUGCUUCAUAUGCAUCGGAAACAGAGGACAUGACAAGUGUGGGAAGCUUCAUAUGCUGUGUUGGUGGAGGCCCAACUGCUUGGAAGAGCAAGAAGCAGGUUGACCAAGCUUUGAGCUCGGUGGAGUCCGAGUACAUGGCACUCUUCCGUGCGGUACGGGAGAUUGUGUGGCAGCGGCAUUUGUUGGCUGAAUUGGGCGAGGAGCAGAAAAGACCUACCCCACUGUACUGUGAAAGCCAGGGUGCCAUUGCUCUUGCUAAGAACCCUGUGUUGCAUGGACUCACGAAGCACAUGAGGGUGAAGUGGCAUUGGACGAGGAGCAUGGUGACCGCGGGUGAAGUUGAGUUGCGCUACGUGAAGACCACGGGGCAGCCGGCUGACAUGAUGACCAAGAGGCUGGUGGAGCAGCAGCAUUAG